AUGGAGUCUCAUAUAAAGCAUUCGGUCGGAGGCUCAACCCUACACACGUAUCAUCCGUGCCGGCGCACCGUUCCAUAUAGAAUCUACGCCGUUAUCCAUAUUUGUGGCAUCGUAGCGCUCAUGUAUCAUCAUGUACACUCACUUAUCAAAUCAGACAAACCUCUAAUAACAUCUCUGCUCUUCAUCGCCGAUCUUGUUCUGGCUUUCAUGUGGGCCACCUCAGCUGCCGUCCGGUUUAACCCGGUUCACCGGUCCGAGUACCCUGAGAGAUACGUAGCUAAACCGGAGGAGGACUGUCCGAAGCUGGACGUGUUUAUAUGCACGGCUGAUCCAUACAAGGAGCCUCCCAUGAUAGUGGUUAACACCGCUUUAUCUGUGAUGGCUUAUGAUUAUCCGUCGGAUAAGAUCUCGGUCUAUAUAUCGGACGACGGAGGAUCGUCGUUGACUUUAUUUGCUUUGAUGGAGGCUGCAAAGUUCUCUAAGCAUUGGUUGCCCUUUUGCAAGAAGAACAAUAUUCAAGAUCGGUCCCCUGAAGUUUAUUUCUCAUCAAAGUCACAUUCUUCGUGUGAUGAAGCUCAAAAUCUGAAGAUUAUGUACAAAGAUAUGAAAAACAGAGUAGAACAUGUCGCUGAAAGUGGAAAGGUUGAGGCUGAGUUUAUCACAUGUGAUGAAUUUCGUGGAGUAUUCGAUUUGUGGACCGACAAAUUCACUCGUCAUGACCAUCCCUCUAUUAUUCAGGUGCUACAGAAUAACGAGACAGAAAUGGACGAGACCAACACAUUUAAGAUGCCAAACCUAAUCUAUGUUUCAAGAGAGAAGAGUAAAGUUUCAACACAUCACUUCAAAGCCGGUGCUCUUAAUACUUUGCUGCGAGUAUCUGCGGUGCUUACAAACUCACCGGUCAUUCUAGUACUAGACUGCGACAUGUACUCGAACGAUCCUGUGACACUAGUGCGUGCCUUAUGCUACUUAACAGAUCCUAAAAUCAAAUCCGGUUUAGGUUUUGUGCAGUUUCCUCAGAAGUUUCAAGGAAUAAGCAAAAAUGAUAUCUAUGCAUGCGAAUACAAACGCAUUUUCGAAAUCAAUAUGGUUGGGUUUGAUGGGCUUAUGGGACCAAAUUUUUUUGGAACUGGAUGUUUCUUCAAUCGAAGAGUUUUCUACGGACCUCCAUCUAAUUUAAUUUUGCAUGAGAUAGAUGAACUUGGACCUAAUCAUAUUGUGGAUAAACCCAUCAAAUCCAAAGAUGUUUUGGCACUAGCACACAAAGUAGCAGGAUGUAUCUACGAGCAUAACACCAAUUGGGGAUCCAAGAUUGGAUUCAGAUAUGGGUCUUUAGUAGAGGACUACUACACAGGACUAAUGAUCCACGGUUUAGGAUGGAGAACAGUUUUUUGUUGUCCCAAAAGAGCUGCAUUUUAUGGAGAUGCCCCAAAAACCUUAUUUGAUGUAGUGAACCAACAAAAGAGAUGGUGUAUUGGACUUCUCGAAAUGGUUUUUUCAAAGCAUAGUCCCGUUACUUAUGGGAUCAAAACAGUGGGAUUACUAGUUGGUCUAGCCUAUUGUCAAAGUGCAUUUUGGGCAUUUUGGACAAUUCCUCUCAUCGUCUAUGGAUUAUUGCCCCAACUUGCCCUCUUACAUGGAGUUAGCGUCUUUCCCAAGACAUCAGAUCCAUGGUUUUGGCUUCACAUCUUCUUGUUCCUUGGUGCAUAUGUGCAGGAUCUGCUAGAUUUUGUAUUAGAAGGAUCAAGUUGUCGCAAAUGGUGGAACGAUCAACGAAUGUGGUUAAUUAGAGGAUUCACUUCAUUCUUCUUUGGCUACAUAGAGUUCAUUCUAAAAACUCUAGACCUCUCCACGAAUAGAUUCAACAUCACCAGCAAAGCCAACGAUGAUGAAGAGCAAAGCAAGAGGUACGAGCAAGAGAUCUUUAAUUUCGGGCCCUAUUCAUCUAUGUUCUUGCUCAUGACUACAGCUGCGAUCUUGAAUCUCGUUACCCUCGUCUGGGGGAUUUAUUGUCUUUUCACUUCGAGAGAAGUACUCGUCCUUGAACUGAUGCUGGCGAGCUUUGCGGUUGUGAAUUGUUUGCCGAUCUAUGAAGCUAUGAUAUUGAGGAAAGAUGAUGGAAAAUUGCCAAAAACGGUAUGUUUCUCAGCUGGGAUCCUCACAUUUGCUUUUAUUGUGUCAGGUUACUUCUUCUUCAAGUAA